AUGGCUUCACAUCAAGGUCAUGAGGAACCCUUGGAUCCUGUCCGGCCUCUCGACUGGUCCACACAGAACGGAAAAGAGGUAAAGAAGCAGAUAAAAUCGCCCAGCAAUCGAGAUGAGGUGUUCUUCAAGUUCGCGGCGAAGAGAGUUCGCCCUGUGCGCAAUGUGAAGACGGCCGAACUACGUUCCAGAACUGUAUCUCAUCUCCCGAAUUCACCGAUGAUCAAAACAAAUUGCGAGCGCUAUACGCCGGCGCGUGUGCGAACUGCGUCUGGCACGGGAAAGGGUCGCAGUGCAGUUUCUGUUUUCUUGUCUGUCUUUGAAAAUCAUAGCAUUUUUGAACAAGAUACAAGUCUACGAGUCGUGCGUACAUACGUUGAGCUGGCCUCAAUAAUAAAUAUUUCAAUCGAUGAAUGCAUGUCCAACAUUCCACGAACGAGCAGAUUAAGAGGCUUUCUGAAAGAAUACGCGAGCGAGAAGAAAUGGGCGGCGGAUCUGCGACAAAGCUUCGAGACCGGUCUCUGGCUACCGUCGCGAACGCAGAAUGUCACUAUCAUGCCCCGGGUGACGGCCACCUCCGGGAAGGCUAUACUGGGCAAGAGAAUCAUUGACUGGGCGUUUGGCCAGAUGAACGAUGCCGCCAUCGAGAAGUUCUCCCGACCCAACCGCAUAUUCCCUGUUCGGGACGGCCAGCAACCAGGCCGAUACAAAGCUGGGGAAAGCCGUGCGCCGUCUGUGGGCGAGCCUCUAACAGACUUUGGCCCGCUCGAGUACGACCAGGAUGGUUACGCUAUCUCAAUGGAGGUCCGGGGAGCGAGACGUGCCCCCUCCCGUGCCGCGCUCUCCGACACCCCCCUUUCGUCUCUGCGCCUGCACCUCCGGGCUUUUUACUGGUCUAGAUGGAGGGCCACCCAGUCUGCGGGGCACCCUGGCAGAUGCAUGCGGUACGGGCAAGGCGACGACCCUAAUCACAACGCUCUGGUAUGCGUCUCUCGCCGCGGGGAGAAAUUCCUCCUACACACAUCGUCCGACGUUGGUCCUGUGCCGAACGCGCUGAUAGACACCUGGCUAGCCGAACUCCAGGCCCGUCUUGGUGACGCGUUUAGCGUUCUCCUGUUCCAGGGCAAUUCCCUGCACACUUCUGACUACCUCCGGAAAUCACUGAUCGUCGACACCCUGACCGAUCUGAAGGCCCAGGAGGAGGAUAGGGCAGAGGAUAUUCCAAUAGUGGCCACCAAGGACUCCAUGCAGGGCAAGGAGUCGAAGCUUGUCAUCUAUGAUUUGGUCAUCUCAGCGCCGACAAGAUGUCAGAUCUUGGGUUCACGGUGGAUGACCACCGCGGGAAUGUGGACUCGCUCGGGUCAUGCUGAACAGUUGUUUUCGUGGCUGAAUGGCCAGGUUAACUUUCGACAGGCGUACCCCUUUAGCUGGAGUGAUAUUAUCGCGCUUUUAGCUGAUAUCGCCAGCAACCCCGGUGCAUACGGAGUCCCCCCUGAGAAUGCCGCCAACCUGGUGUUGAUACACCAGGAUAUCACUCGCCUUCGCCGCCCAGAUGGCGCUGACUACCCCGUCCCACCGCCACCGCAAAACAUCGACCGUAAGCGUCAUCCUAACUGGUCCUCUGCCCUGUCGCGAGGACCCCAGACAACUACAUCCGGUUCAUCGUACCUGAUAUGGAAUUCGAACGACACAUCUUCACCCGACAAGGGAAUCGCCGGCAACUCAAGGCAGCGUCAGCAGAAAAGAGGAAUUUUGACCUCCGAUUAUCUGCUCUUUAUGGACAGUGGUGUGCAAAGCAGGACAGGCCUAAUUGACCGAGAGCGUUCCAGUGCAGCUGACCGGACGUUUACCUCCAUCUCACAGCCGGUUCAAUGGCCCGUUCUAUCGCCCCCGCCUUACAAGUAA